CUCCAUGGCAGCGGUGACGUCACGCGUGCAUUGACUCGCCGCUGAGAGCGAGAGGUUGAACGAGAGAGCAGCAGCCCGGGCCCACGGACAAAAACUCACCGAAAAGGAUUUACAUUCGCUACGUGUCGUCCAACAAAUACCCAAGUCUGCAAAGAGAGAGUGUUUUUCUGCUUUCCUAAAGCCCGGUCUGUCAGAAGUUACAGCAAGUGGGACUCGAUGAAAGAUGACAGAGGAGGUGAUUGUUAUAGCCAAGUGGGACUACACAGCUCAGCAAGACCAGGAACUGGACAUCCGGAAGAACGAGCGCUUGUGGUUGCUGGAUGAUUCCAAGACCUGGUGGAGAGUCCGCAACGCAUCCAACCGCACCGGCUACGUCCCCUCGAAUUAUGUGGAGCGCAAAAACAGUCUGAAGAAAACCUCUCUAGUGAAGAACCUGAAAGACACUCUUGGCCUGGGAAAAACGAAAAGGAAGACUAGUGCUCGUGAUCCAUCUCCCACACCCAGCACAGAGGCAGAGUACCCAUCCAAUGGCAGCACAGGAGGAGGUGGAGUGGGCGGGGCCGAGCGGAUCUAUGACCUGAACAUUCCCGCACUGGUGAAGUUUUCUUACGCAGCUGAGCGUGAAGAUGAACUCAACCUCAUUAAAGGGGAGAGGGUGGUCGUCAUGGAGAAGUGCAGCGACGGCUGGUGGAGGGGUAGCCAUGCCGGUCAUGUCGGUUGGUUCCCAUCCAAUUACGUCCAAGAGGAGGUGGGAUACGCAGACCAUGAUGGGGUCUUUGGGGACUCUUUGGGGGGCUUCCGGUCCUUAAGGGUGGGGCAAGGGGCGGCAAUGGCCAAUGGCCGGCCGGGAGGCUCCGGGAGCUCCGUUCUGCAUGUGGUCCAGACUCUGUACCCCUUCAGCUCUGUCACAGAGGAGGAACUGAACUUUGAGAAGGGUGAGACGAUGGAAGUUUUGGAAAAGCCAGAGAAUGACCCAGAGUGGUGGAGGUGUAAAAACAGUCGAGGCGUGGUAGGUCUUGUGCCCAAGAACUAUGUUGUAGUGCUCAGUGAUGGGCCAGUUGCGAAGGGCUUGGGGUCAAGUCAUGGCUCUCCUCACAUCAGUCACACAGUUCCCUCACGUACAGGCAAAUUUGCUGGAAAGGAUUGGUACUACGGUAACGUGACACGGCACCAAGCUGAGUGUGCACUUAGUGAAAGAGGAGAGGUAGGGGACUUUCUGAUACGGGACAGUGAAUCAUCGCCCAGUGAUUUCUCCAUUUCUCUGAAGGCUGUUGGGAAGAACAAACACUUCAAGGUGCAGCUGCAGGACGGAGUGUACGGCAUCGGUCAGCGGCGUUUUAGCAGUAUGGAUGAGCUUGUAGAGCACUACAAGAAAGCGCCCAUCUUCACCAGUGAGCAAGGAGACAAACUCUAUCUUGUCAAGCCCCUUGCCUGAAUUUGGCACUUUUUCAUCAGACAUUACAUCUCCCUCUGUGCACCUCAGUUCCCUUCUUUUUCUGCACACUACUCUGGCUUUACUAAAUUCUUGAAUGAGGGGAAAAGCUCCUUUCAGAAGCAACUUCAAGGACUAUUUGACAUUUCAGAGCCCAAUAUCGCCUCCACUCCUGUAGGGAGCAAUAGCAAUUUGUCAUUCUUUUAGACAGAGAUGACCGUCCCUG